UGUAUCCUCUGGGAGAGCCCUGCAAAGGUGGGGAGAGUUCAGACUGACGAGCGUUUAUUAGGCACCUUCUGGGUGCCAGAGGCCGCGGCAGGUGCUGAAGGUCCAAAGACAGAAAAAAAAAACAAUCUGCCCAGGAGGAGGAAACGGCAACCGUAGGCUGGAACGGAAGGAGGAAGACAGUGAAACGAACUGUCAGUUUCAAGAGGAAGUCCCGGGGGGUGGGAGGGGGAGGGGCGCAGGCUCCCAGCCUGCCUCCCUCUCAGAUCUAGAGUCCCUGGGAGGGCGGGGUGAGCCAGCUCGACUCGGAACAGCCUCCGAGGCGGUCCUGGGUCAGCUGAUCCGCUGGGAGGCUAGUCUUGGGCUCCGCUACAUCACGUGAAGCGCUCCAGCAUCAGCUGACCCAGUUCCUCUAGGAAGAGAGGAGGAGAAGGAGGCGGCGGCUGAGCUGGGGGUAUCGUUGGGUCAGCAGGCCAGCGCCCGGCGCGCAACAUGAGGUUCCGGUUCUGUGGAGACCUGGACUGCCCAGAUUGGGUCCUAGCAGAGAUCAGCACGUUGGCCAAGAUUUCUUCCGUCAAGCUGAAGCUGAUCUGCAGCCAGGUUCUGAAGGACCUGCUGGGGCAGGGGAUUGACUUUGAGAAAAUCCUGAAACUUACAGCCGAUGCCAAGUUUGAGUCGGGUGAUGUCAAGGCCACCGUCGCGGUGCUCAGUUUUAUCAUCUCCAGUGCAGCCAAACACAGCGUGGACAGCGAGUCCCUCUCCAGUGAGCUGCAGCAGCUGGGGCUCCCCAAAGAACACGCCUCGGGACUGUGCCGUUCCUAUGAGGAGAAGCAGGGCCCUCUGCAGGAGAGCCUGAGGGGCAGCAGCCUGAGGCUGAGCAGACUAGAGAGUGUUGGCUGGCGUGUGGACUACACGGUGACCUCCAGCCAGCUCUGCCACGUUCAUGAGCCGGAGGUGCACCUGAGGCUGGAUGUUCGGCAGGAGCCAGAUGGUCCAGCAGAGCCUGUCGCCAUGACGCUGUCCAUGAAGAAGUUCCAAGUUCUGUUGUCAGAACUCAAACAAGCACAAGCCUUGAUGGGUUCCCUUGGCUGAGAGCUGACCGACAUCAAGAAAAGAAAGCCAAGGAAUGAGGCUGGCUCAGCUCAGACCUACGUGAUCCCCAAACCUCGCUGGCCAGACUCUCUUCAUAUUUGGGCUGAUGCACCUUCCCUCUGUCUACAGCACCCAUUUGACCUCUCUUCCAGGCCUGGAUAUGUUUGGCUCCCAUCUUUCAGAGCUGCUUAGCCCCAAGGAGCUCAGCAAAAGGACCUGGUUGGAUUGAGGAUUCCUUAAGGUGCCUUCCUGUCAUCUACCCUCACCAGCAGCUUGCCCUAGUUUUGUACCCUUUUGUUUUGUUUUGUGUUUUUAAAUAUAAACUCAUCUGUAAAAUUUUAUUUUUCCUAAUUUUGUACCUUUUUGCUGGAGGUUAGAAGGAAUAAAUAUUGUCAUUGAGGUUG